AUGGAUUCGAAUAUAUGUGGUAUCUUCCAGUAUAUAACGAAGAAUUUAGAAUAUAAUUCGAAUAAUGGAAAAUAUAAUUUUAAAGAUGAUACAGAUUUCAAAAAUUAUUGUGAUAAUGGAAACUGUGAAGAGGAAAUCGAUAAAAUUAGUGCUGCAUGUUUAUAUUUUUUUGAUAAACUCAUUAAGGAUAAUUCUGCUUCAAAAAGUAACAUCAAUAUUGUUGAAUACAUUAUGAUAUGGUUAAGUUAUAUGUUAAGCCAAACCCAAAGUCGAGAAAACAACAGUCUAAAUAAAUUUUAUACUAAACAUAUAAAAAAUGGCGAGAGGUAUAAAAAGGGUAUAGAAGGUGUUACUGCUUAUACAAAUUAUAAAGAUCUUAUAGAUAGAAAUUAUUAUUUUUUAACUAUGGAUAAGAGCAUUAUAUCUAAAUUAUAUGAUGCAUUAACAUCAUUAUGUAGUAUGUAUUUUAACGAUGCUGGACACAUCCCAAAAUGCAGCGAAUGUAUGGAAGCUGCAAAUAACUUUGUUACAAAAUAUGAAGAAGCUAUCAAAGAUCCUAAUAUUACUAAAAAUGGUUUAUAUAAUAAAGUAUUAUCUAUUUUAUCUACUUUAUCAACUGAUUAUGAUAAUUUAAAAAAUAACAUUGACGAUAGUUCAUCCUUGCCAUCGAUAAAAACAAAGAUUUAUCUACAAAAAUAUGGAUUUUUACCAUUAAGUUUGUUGAUAACAAACUAUUUUUAUAUACUUUUAUUGAUAUUUGGUACAAUAAUAUUUUUUAUAGGAAUUUAUUAUAAGUAUUCGUUAUCUGGAUUUCGAAAACGAUUUAAAAAACAAUAUUUAAGGAAAAAACUAAAAAAAAUAAAGAAGGAAUGGACCAUUGAUAUAUGA